AUGGGCGCCUGGCCGAGCAAUGCCGGCGUCUUGACCAUGGAGGUCCAUCAGACUGCACAUGGUGGCUGGCAGGUCCUUCCUGUGACCGCCGAGAGGCUUCAUUGGGUGCAGGUGUGUGUAUUCGAUGAGUGGUCCGUCCAGCCUGCCUCGGCGAUAAGUCCUUUGGAACAUUCGGUCCGAACAAAGGACACGUCCGAGCACGAGGUCCCUCUUUUGUGGCGAAGUGGGUCUGAGAAAGACAUUCUGGAGUAUUGCGCCGAGAGGGGGUUCCCGAAUGUAUCGAUGACGGUCCUGAAACUGCUGUUGAAGGAGGAGUUCGGGCAGGACAUGGGUUCCUCGGAUGAGUCUUUGGUGGGGGACCUUCUCCUGUCAGGAAUCAAAUGCGUGUUGGGUCCAUCCGAUGAGAAAGCGGCGGAUGCGCUGGAGCUCGCGUUGCAUGAGCGUGAAAAAGACGAUGCAGAGCUUUUGGACCUUCUCCAGAACCCCCUGUUCAACGAGGUCCUUCAGUCAAAGCAGGACCAACAAAAACUGGAGCAGGCAAUCAAGGAAGCCCAGGCUAGUCAGAGGCAGGUCCUCUCAAUCACAAGGUCCAUCCAGCGGCUGCGGCCUGCUGGGAAGAAGAAGGUCAAGCGCAAGGCUGUCCGGUUCCCGGGAGAUGAAGCAUGGCCUGCUGAGGUUCUUCAGCGUUUCGCACCUGCCGAGUACCGCAUGUACAGGGACGAGUUCAACAAAUGCAUCAGGGCCUUCCAUAAAAGCUACAAUUGGAGUCUAUCGAGGUCGUGGGGCAGAUGUGGCAAAGAAAGCGUUCCAGCACGGUUGGUCCUUCGUGGCGUAUGGACACGCCAUGAGGCACUUCAUCCGAACGACCCCUGCCCCUGGGACUUUCUUGAUGAUUGA